GUGAGCUCGAUUCACAUCAAGAUGGCUGAGCCCUCCACAGAAUUGCCAACUGCAGAAACAACCUCAGCCAGCGGGCCUUCUCUGCCAAAUAACGCCAAAGUCAGGAAUAAACUGCUAGCCCUCAAACUGAACUCGGUCAACGGCCCAAAAAAACAACCUAAAAAGGCAGCAGAAAAAGUCAGAAUAGACAACCUCCCAGAAGCUGAACUACAAGCCCUAUUGGACGAAGUGUUGCAGUAUAGUGGAAAACGGGAUGGGGAAAAAGGAUCAGAACUUUUUCAAGCCUUAUUAAGGGAGACACAAGAGUCUGGUGAAGAGAGUCCCCCUGCCUUCAGACCAACUCAAAACACAUCCAAUCCAUCUGCUGCCCAGCAACGCAGACGGAGAUCAAGGAAGGAGAGCAGUGUACCAUUUUCUCAUCUCAACUCAGGAGUAUUGUCGGUUCAAUCAAAUACUGUGGCAGGCAGCAACAGAAAAGGAGGAUCUUUACAAAAUAUUUCAUCUCAUAGCCAGAGUGAACGGGGUAGUGUGCGCCGGAGAAAACGUCACGACACAUCAGACAGCGGAUCGACUCUUGGGAGUCCACGCAAACGGGAAGGAGGAUCUUUGCCCUGUGAUGUAGCAAGAGGGUCGAACAUCAUUGUCAAACUCGAUGAACUAGUUUUAACGAGUACAGAAAACAUUCAUACUGAAUCUUCCCGUUUGACCGAUGACUGCGUAAUUAACAUGGAAGGAAUGCCUGAAUCGGAAGAUAAAUUUCCUGAACGAUGGAAUAGUCGUCCCGUCCGCAGGAUUGAAUCUUCAACCUCUACAUGCGGUGUAGAACCGAUGGAGCAGGACUCAGAAAUGUGUUCUUCCGAGAACGCUGGGCUAACGAAAAGCCUUUUAUCAAAAGGUUCAAAAGAGUACGGCACUAUUCGAUGCGAAGUUGAUGCAGCGAUCCCUUUUGUACCUUUUGAUUCUACUGCCAAUCAAGAAGUAAACAGGCCCAAUACAAUAAAUGGAUCCUUGGUUGAAGAUGGUAUACCUCUCCAGCGGCGAAUUCACCGUCAUACUGGAGGUGUUAGCGAUGCUCGUAUGGAUGAGAACGGCAACCCUUUCGGGAGCGUCAAUGGAACGUCUAUUUCAACACUGUUGCAACGGACAAGCCCGCCCGGGACAAGCACUAUCAAUAUGACAUCGGUGAGUAAUGGGAGCGGAAUUUCAACGCCCAAAGGGGUUCAACGCAUCAAGAACAAGAAGAAAGGCAAAGACGGAAACGUUUUAUUAGCAAAAGAAAUUCCUGGUUUCGUCGGAAAUCGCAACGUGGAUGAGUUGCUCGAGUACAUCGAGUCUUCUGAGAGUAACGGGAAAAAAGCUGCCGAUAAGAAGACUGGACUGAAACACAAUGGGACGCUGACGAAAGAAUCGUCUGCUAAAGUGAAGCCCAAGGACAAAAAGAGUUCAAAGUUGCUUCACCGUCAAACGAAUCCAAACCAAGCCGAUUCGGAAGACUCUGAUACGCCAGGUGGUGACUCUGUCAACUCCCCUGUUAGGAAAGACGAGGACUACAUGUUCAGAUCGAAAACAGAAGGCGUUGAAGAGCUCGAAGCGGCUGUUGCGGCAGCGGCCGCCGACUUUCAAACUGUGACGAAGAGGCAGCGUCGCAAGAAGCGCAACUCGCUUUCCAACUCGACCACUGGCAGCAAGACCAAAGAGUUACUGGAACAGUCGCACAUGAACAACCUGUUUUACAACGCUUCGUCGCCUUCAGUGAUGAUGCGCCCGCCACGUCAAGCACCUGCUAAUAUAUCAGGAAACCAAGUCGCCAUUCAGAUUAGCGGAGGCACAGUUGGAAACGGACUCGGUGGCAGCAAUGAAGCGGCCAAGAAACUGGUAGCGAGCGUACCACCGUCUGAGCCGUCGGAUUUGGAUUCCGACGGUGGUGACAGUGUUCAUUCCUUGCCCGUCCAGCCAUCGGCGCCUCUCUUCCCUCCUCCUCCCUUGUAUCAUCAACCACCUCCUUCGGGGAACUCAAUUUCUUACGCCGAUAUUAUGCGAUCGGAACAACACACCAAGAGUGACGUGGUGUUCCUCGCUGAGUCUAGUCAGCCUAUCGAUGUCAAACAACCCUGUGCCACCACUCCACCCGCCGUCGGCCCUGCUUCAUUGACUGAUCUUGUUGCCCCCGCCGCCCCAUCUACUGCUGCGGCUAACGUGCCUUGCAACAGAACAGCGCCCAGAUCGACCCUUUCAGGUGUCCCUCUUCGAAGAGCCGCCUCCUUACCGCCCACCUCGCCGAGCGUCGAGACUCCACCGGUCGUGAUUGUCGGAUCGAGUUCGAGCACCCAAGUUGACGUGACAUUUGGGUUUGAGUUAAACGAACAGCUGUUGGCGCUCUCAGUACAACCGUCCCCGCCGUCUCAGCCGCCAAAAGAAACUCAGACGAGCCUUCUCAGUUCGCCAGAGGCAUACACGGAACCGAUUAUGGUAUCGUUCUCGCCAGAACCAAGCUCAGAGACCAAACCAGAGACCGAGUUCUUCCCACCGACUUCAACUCCUCUGUCGUCUUCUCCCGAGAUGUCCACUACACCCACCGCGGUCGAUUUCGCUUCUCGUUAUCGCGAACGGCCAGAACUGCUCAAUCCUCCCCACUCACGAAGAUCGUACGAGAUUGUUGAUUUCAUCAGUCAAGCUUGGAAGCGAAUUGAACGAAAGUUGGAUGAACAGCAACAGCAACGUGGCGUCGGUAGUAAUGGAGGCCUAGCGCUUCAGUCGAGUAUUCGUGUGUACACGUUGGAGUGAAGUGAAGAAUUUCAAGAUAAAAAUAAUCGGCAUCCAGACUCGCUGCCUCUCGGAUACUGAGCAGCAAAACUUUUGUGAUCGGAAUCAUACUUCGUGUGUGAAUUUGUGACUCGCUCGUCAGACCAAACUUGAGUGCACCGUGUGCGCGCGUCCAAACCGGGCACCCUAAAUACUAGAAUCGCCUGUGAAAAAUCAGUGACGACGUCCAACGCGAAAAAUCGCGAUGGACAUCCCGACGUCGCCUAUGUGCGUGCUUGGUUGUGUGUGACUUUCUUCGUCUUUCUCUUUUUCUUUGUUUUUUUUUUUUUUUGUUUGUUUGUUUUUUCUCCGAGUGUGUAUGUAUGUUUCAUUUUGACUCUUUGAUUUUCUUUUUGUUGAUGUUCCAGCCGUCUAGUCGUGGAGGACGAAGGGUAUCGUUUAUCGAGAGAAAGUUAUACCUCUCUUAGAUUGGUUUCUCUCGUUUGCGUUUUUUGCGAGACAAAUGGUGAAAUACCUCCCU